CGGAGUUUGAGUUCCUCGUAAAAUAUAAGUAUCUAUAGUUCGGUUAAGUUUGGAAACAAAAAUUCGAUAAAAACCCACAUCUACUAUUUCAUUAUGAAAAUACUCAUAUAUUUUUUGUUGGCAUUUGGAAGCAAGUCUGUUUUAAUGAUUUCCCUUACUAUAAAUUGUCAAUUGAAGCCCAAUUUAAUUGAAGAAAUAUUGAAUGACAGAAAAACUUAUCUUGAACUAUCAAUCAACAAUUGCCCAGAACUAAAUAUAUCAGAAACUUUUUUUAAACAUUUUCCUAAAUUAAUAAAGUUGAAAUUACACUACAUCAACUUUGUAAAUCCGCAAGAUCUUAAUUUAUCAGUGUUAUUAAACUUAAAAGAGCUGCAAAUUAGGAAUACUAAUUUACAAGUUAUUCCUUCCGCAAAACUAAAAAAUCUUCGAAAAUUAGAUAUGUUCUCAAACAAUAUUAGAUCAAUAAGUUUAGAUAUGUUUAAUGGUAAUGAAAACUUAGAGAAACUAUUUUUAAACUAUAAUAAAAUAGAGUUCGUUGGCGUUGGGAUUUUAAAGAAUUUGAAGAAACUAAAAUACUUAAGUCUUAUGGGAAAUAAUAUUAAAUUAAUUUUAAAUACUACUUUUCAACAUCAUUCCACUUUAACAACAAUAGAUUUAAGGCUUAAUGCGAACUUGAUAUUAAGCAACGCUUUCGCAAGUUUAAACAAUUUAAUAAAAAUUGAUUUGGAGGGGUGCAACUUAACUGAUAUACCUUUGGGUCUAUUUGACAAUCAAAAUAAUUUGGAAGAACUCAAUCUAAGAAAUAAUUCUUUGAAACAAUUAAGUUCUGCAGUAUUUCAAAAUUUAACAAAAUUAAAAACACUUAACUUGGGGUAUAAUUUUUUAUAUUUAAUUAAAAAUGAAGAUUUUUAUAACCAAAAAUAUUUAACAAAACUAGUCUUAAACCACAACAAUAUAAGUAAUAUUGAAGAAGAAGCCUUUACAAAUUUAGAAGCAGUUAAGGAAAUCGAUUUGUCCUAUAAUAUGUUGAUAGGCAAUUACAUGUCAGAUAUGUUAUUUUAUUACAUAAAAAAAUUGGAAGUAAUAAAUUUAAGGAAAAACUCUAUAUCUGUUGGUCCUCAUUUUUAUUUAAUGACAGACAGUUACAUUAAAAUUGAUUUUUCAGAAAAUAAAAUACAAAAAGUAAUACUUACCAAUCUUCUAUCAACCAAAAGUGCUUUCUAUAAUUUUUCCAACAACCAAAUAAAGAAAAUUGAUAUGACCGGUUUGGAAUCUUCGAAAAAUACUGUUCAAUUAAAUCUGGACAAUAAUCCAAUUUUGUGUGACUGUACAAAUUAUGACUUUAUUACAUCAAUUCCCACAAUCAAAGACACAGUUCACGUAAUGAAUUACAAAACAAUCAAAUGCUCUGAAAGUAAAACAUUGUAUUAUUUUUACGAAAACAAGGAAAUCAUCAGUUGUCCAAUGGCCUCUUUAAAGAGUGAUCAUUACAUUUGUCCGGAAAAAUGUACAUGUCAUUGGCGGCCGUUUAAUUCAACGUUUUUGGUGGAUUGUUCCAAUAAGGCACUAAAAGAAGUUCCAAAGUUUUUGGCACCAAAGCAUAUAUAUAAUAAAAUGGUCAAAAAUGUAAUGGUAAACUUGCAAAAUAAUGAAUUAAUCGAAAGUCCCUCUGAACAUAAUGAAUACGAAAAUGUAACGGGAUUGAUUUUGUCGAAAAACAAAAUUAGAAAUGUAACUUGGGUACCUUCCAAUAUACAGGUUUUAUAUUUGGAUAACAAUAAUAUUUCCUCUUUAAAUGAUCAAUUAAUAGAUGCCUUGUAUAGAUCAUCCUUCAUAGACUUAAAGCUGGAAGCUAAUCCUUGGAUUUGUGAUUGUUCAGUAUUAAAACUAAAAAAGUAUUUAACUAGUUUGAAGAUGGAUAAAACAAAAGUCUAUUGCAAUGGAACCAACAGGACAAUUGUUGAUGCUGAUAAUCUUUGUAUUUCCAAAGAAAUAAUAACUGUUGUAUCAUUAUUAGUGAUUAUUUUUUUAUUGUUUCUUGUAGCUUGUCUAAUGGCAAGUUACUACAAAUGGAAGAAGUAUAUUAAAAUGUGGUUGUAUUACAAAGGUUGGCUGUUAUGGUUUGUUUCUGAAGAAGACAUAGACAAAGACAAAGUCUACGAUGUCUUCCUAAGCUUUUCUGAAAAAGACGAUGAUUUUGUGCUUAAAAAAUUGCUCCCGGCACUCGAAUCAAAUGUGAAUCCAUACAAAGUUUGUGUUCACUACAGAGAUUGGAUACCUGGAUUACUGAUAACUGAACAAAUUCUAACUUCGGUAAAAGAUUCUAGAAGAACUUUGGUGGUUCUUUCAAAAAACUUCUUGAACAGCUGCUGGACCAAAAUGGAAUUUCGAACCGCUUACACGCAGGCUCUGAAGGAAGGAAGAGCUCGAGUUAUUGUGGUCAUUUAUGAAGAAGUGGAUUUGUCACUGUUGGAUAAGGAUUUUAAAACCUAUUUAAAAAUGAAUACGUAUAUUAGGUGGGAAGAUCCUUGGUUUUGGCAGAGAAUCUUCUACGCUUUGCCGCACAGAAAACAAUAUCAAGAUAAAAGUAACAUUAUGUUAACUUUGAAUAAAGAUAAGGUUUAGAAUGUAUUUUA